UUCGUUCUACUUCAAAACGCAACAAGUCAUGGAUCAAUUUCGACAUACAAGCGAAGCCUUCUUCUUCUUCGUCGCCAUCUUACGAGUGUUGAUAGAAGUGUCAAGUUCUAACUCUUGUGUAGCUACAUCCGGAAUGACCUUUCCAUGUGGCGUUGUGCACGACAUAUCAUUCAGAACAAGACAUUUGACAUUACAAUUCACAAACUCAUACAUUACAUUCUACAACAUAUCUACUCUAGAAACAUAGUCGUUGGCCAUCUACAGACAGGCAUGAUUCGCAAUCAUGCCUGUCUG